CCCCUUGGUGGUGGUGUUGGGUCAUACCUUUCUGUGAAUAGUAAAUAAAUAUGGAUUUAGUUUGAGCAGAAUAACCAAAACAUGUCUUGGAUGUUGCUUGUCACUAAAACAGCAAUUCAGUACUGCUGCUGUGGGGUUUUUUUUUGUUGUUGCUUUUUUUUGGCAGUGGCAAGUAUAUUAAAGUCACUUAAGUCGGAUGAUGCCCCUUCUGCAAGGAGAGUCUUUGGCAGUUGUACCCAGGCUCAUCCACUCUUCUGUAAUGUAUCUGUUGCUGACUGGGGAGGGAAUGGUGCUGCUGCUGCUGAUUUGGCAGAAGUACAGCCUAUGGAUUUACUGCUGUCUCUCACUGUCAAGACUGGAGUAGUUUCUUCUUCAAUUUUUUUCUAACUCAGGCUAAAAUAUUUUUGAUUCUCUGGGUCAAAGUUUGCACAUUCUAUAGUUAGUGUUUUUUGCAUAGGGCAACAUCAUUACUUUCCUGUUUCUUGAUUUCUGAGUUUGAGGAAUGUGGCCUUUAACUUAGCAGAUCUAGCAAUGUUUCUUAUUGUUACUGGAUCCUUAGUAUGGUCAGGCAAGCUCGGUGGGAGAUCAGUCCUCCUGCCUUUUUGGGUAGAAGAAUGGAGAAGAUCUCUUGAGCCUGGUACCUUUUGGCUUGUUACAAAGACCAGCUAUGGAGAAGUGGAGCUUAAUGACAAUUACUGUUUUACUAGCACUUACUGUACGCUGGACUGUAUCGCUUGGUUCUUAUUCAGGUGCAGGAAAACCACCGAUGUAUGGAGACUAUGAAGCUCAGAGACACUGGCAAGAAGUUACUUACAAUUUACCCAUCAGGCAGUGGUACUUCAAUACAAGUGAUAACAACCUACUGUACUGGGGCCUUGAUUAUCCACCUCUUACUGCCUAUCACAGUUUUGUGUGUGCUUACAUUGCAAAGUUAAUAAAUCCUGAUUGGAUUGCUCUGCACACAUCUCGGGGGUAUGAGAGUCAGCCACAUAAGUUAUUUAUGCGUACAACAGUGUUUGUUGCUGAUUUGCUGGUCUAUAUUCCUGCAGUUAUUUUAUAUUGUUUUUCCUUGAAAGAAACAUCUACUAAAAAGAAGGUUUCCAGUGCUCUCUGCAUACUGCUUUAUCCAGGCCUCAUUCUUAUUGACCAUGGACACUUCCAAUACAACUCAGUGAGCCUUGGCUUUGCCUUGUGGGGUGUACUUUAUUUGUCUUAUGACUGGGACCUUUUGGGGUCAGUGGCAUUUUGCUUGGCCUUAAAUUAUAAGCAGAUGGAACUCUACCAUUCUCUGCCCUUUUUUUGCUAUUUACUUGGAAAGUGCUUCAAGAAGGGACUGAAAGGAAAGGGAUUAGUAUUGUUAACUAAAAUAGCAGGGACAGUGGUGGUUUCCUUUGCUGUCUGCUGGCUCCCGUUCUGUACCGACAUGGAACAAAUCAUGCAAGUACUCAGAAGACUCUUUCCCAUUGACCGAGGCUUGUUUGAGGAUAAAGUAGCCAAUAUUUGGUGCAGUCUAAGUGUCCUUAUAAAGAUAAAGAAUAUAGUAUCACCUCAAACUCAGCUAAAACUCAGUUUUGCUGUAACAUUCCUGAGCCUGCUUCCUACUUGUAUAAAACUAACUGUCCAGCCUUCUCUCCGAGGAUUUAAAUUUGCUUUGGUUAGUUGUGCGUUGUCAUUUUUCCUGUUCUCCUUUCAAGUACAUGAAAAAUCUAUUCUUCUAGUGUCAGUCCCAGUCUGCUUAAUCAUAAAUGAAAUCCCUUUUAUGGCUACGUGGUUUUUACUUGUAUCAACUUUCAGUAUGUUGCCUCUUCUACUGAAAGAUGGCCUGCUGCUGGCCUACGCUGUGACAAUGCUGGCAUUCCUGUCAGUCUGUGUGGCUUCCUUUUCCAUAUUUGAGAAGACUUCGGCAGAGGACCUGCAGCUGAAGCCAUUCUCCCUUUCCCUGAAGGGAUAUGUUUCUUGGUUUAAGUCAUUUCCCAAGAUUGUCAGGAGUCUGUUUCUUCUUUCCGUAAUCCUGAUGGGCAUCCUGUCUCUAAUGAGUGCUGCAGUGCAUCCUCCACAGAGGUUACCCGAUUUAUUCCCUGUAUCUGUGUCUGUUAUUUCUUGCUUACACUUUUUAUUAUUUUUGGUGUAUUUUAAUGUUGUUAUACUCUGGGACUCAAAGAAUAGUAGAAGUCAGAAGAAAAUCAGUUAAUCAACCUGUGAAGAUCAAGGACUAAACUGUGAAAGGACAGAGCAUUUUCAGUGAACGGUGUCUGGCACUGCAGGUAAACCUGUUUGUGAUGUAAUACAAUUCCUGUAACUUAAUGAAAAUCAGGAAACACAUUAUGCAUAUUUAAACACAAAAUAAUCAAAGACUGUUUUAAAGCAGAAGUAUUUUGAAGAGCACUUGGAAAUGUGAUUUGGUGUGUUUUCUUCAGAAGUGUAAUACUUUUGUUACCAUUUGUAAAAUUAGAAUACAUAAUAAAGGACCAAAUUUUGAAUUAAUGCUAAAAUACCCCAGCUGUAUUAGCAAAACAGCAAACUGUUUUGUUAGCAUUAAGUUUACAUGUUUCCCAGCGUAAAAAGCAUAAGCAAGUGAAGUAGUGCAGGUGAAGUAGAAACUCUUGACUGGUAGCUCUUGUCUUGCUGAAUUGUUUUAGGACAUAAACUCCCUUGUGUCGUCAGUGACCGUCCUCCAUCGUCGUUUCAUAUAACACACUGCGGUUCAUCCAGGCGGUUGCCCGAGGCUGUGUAUCGGCAUGAGGCGCGCAGGGCACUCGCUUCUUCAGCUCAUACUGUAGGGGAGAAAACUCAGCCUUCCAGCAGUGUCACUGCCUGGAGACCCGUGUGCUCAGCCACAAGGUGGACCCAAGUUCUGUAGCACAUCAGGACAGCGGUUCUGUAGCAGCUUCAGUUCACCCACAGGCUUUUGGUUUUCUUGUAUUAUGUGUUAUUUUCCACAAAACCAGUACUUUCAGAAUGCUGAAGAAUAGCAUAAGCCCCAGAGACGCACCCAAGUUAGUGCUGGGCAGAGAAGUAGAGGCUUGGAAGCGACGUUUGGAAGGGGGAAGGUCUCGUAUGUGCAGCAGGUUGUAGUACGUUUCUUCCUUGGCUGUAGGUCAGCAGCUAUGAUUUGGUUUUAACACUGUUGUAGUCUUCUGACUCUCAACAACUGUUUCUAAUGGGACUGAAAAGCCAAAAGACCUUGGUUCUGCUGAAAUAAAAGCUGAGGUACUGCAGUGCAGUUUGAAAGCAGGUAUGAAGCUCUUCAGGAAAAAAAACCCAGAGCAAACAAAAAAACCCCACAGUAAAAACCACCCCUUAUUGCAUAGUAAUUUGCAGAUGUAAACUGAACUAAACUCUGCAAUUUCUCCCUCUGCACAGUACAGCCUCCAAUGCCAAUAGUUCAGAGAAUACAAAUUGAUUGAAUAAUUAUAUAUGUAACAAAGCAUGUAGUAAGAAAAUAAAUCAUAAAGCAAUUCAGGGUAGUAUAGUUUAAUUAGGAGUCAGUCUAUCCUUUUUCUUCAUUCUGCUCUGACACUAUAUAUAUAUAUUAAAAAAAAAAAAAGCAAACCCAUCCUCGUUUAAAGGCUUCUCCCCUGACCUCACUGCGCUCUGUCACAUACCAGCCUGUCAUUGACAUUAGCACAUUCUGGGGCUGUCUCUGCAGCUUCGGUUGUGUGUGUGAAUCAGCUGUUCUGGGAACUUCCAACUGUGUCAGUUAUGAAUACUGUAAAUGAAGUGUCUACAAGCUGAGUGUAUGUAUUCAGUUUUUCCAGCUUUAUUUGUUGUGGAAAAAGUAAUUUCAGCCAACAUUAUACCUAUGGCAGCUAAGACAAAAUAAAAAAGGUGCUCUUGAA